UAUCACUAACGUGACAUUUAUAGAAAGAAAUUGGCAGAUCCGCUAUAUCUUAUAAUGAAUGCGACAAGGAACACAAUUUGAAUUUCAGCAACUUAUUAAUUGAUGGGCCACCAAGGCCUCUUUAUUUAGCAGAUUCUUUAUCGUCUAAAAAUAGGCGUAUAAAUUUCCUAUAAAUUUAACCAAUUUUUUUAAUUCAUUUGACAUGUUACUGAUCAAAUAUAAAAAUUACAGGAAUAUUAAAACUAUCAUUGAUAUAAACGUCCACAUUAAACUAAACAACACUGACUCGAACUCAUCCACUUAUUUAGAUUUGUUGGCAAUACGAGUACAUGGUACACCAGGACAUAUACCUACACAUGAUAAAACUUGUCUAGAUCACAUUAUUUUGAAAACAAGACAUAAGGCUCACUGUUAUGUAGCGGAAACUUCUGUGACCGACCACGAUACAUUAAUUUUAAUAUUUGCUCAGAACGUUUUUUCUAAAACAUUACCCGCUCAGAUUAUUAAAAAAAUUUCAAAGCUAGAUCUAAGUACUAUAUAUAUUCUAUAAAAGACGAUAAUGUCGCCACCUCGCAUCUCUAAUCUUCACUUAAUACAUUUAUAGCAAAAACCACUUCCUGCGUUAAAACACCAAACCGGAAAUAACAUACUAUAAACAUGGGUUACUCCGGGGCUUCUUAUGUGUAUUAAAAAUCGUAAUCAAUUAAAUUAAAAAUCCAAAAGAAAUCCUAAUAAUUAAAUAGUAAAAAUAACUUUGUAUUUUUACGGGGAUGUUUCCCAAUGAUUUCGAAAAAGCUAUAAUUCAUCCUAUAUACAAGAGUGGUGACAGAAGCUAUGUAAAUAACUACAGACCAAUAUCAACUUUACAUACAAUAUCAAGUUUUUUUGAAAAAGUAAAAAAUUAAAGACCUAU